AUGGUGGGGAGGAGGAGGAAGCCUCUGGUACUCACUUCCACCAAAACGCUAAUUAAUUCCGUACUGAGUUUGUCGCGACCGAGUGAAGACCACAGAGUCGACGAUGCCGAUGACGCGUCGACUAGCUUACAGUUGCCGCCGGGAAUUCUCCGAAUUUCUAAGGACAAAGCGGCCAUUUCAAGCCCCAAAUUGGCUUCUUUCGACGACUCUGCUUUGGUUGGGCUUUCCACUUCUGCCCUCAAAAGGCUCUCUAUCACCUCAGGCUCACUGGUGGUUGUAAAGAAUGUCGAGACAAACAUACAAAGAACCGCUCAGGCCAUUGUUCUGGAUCCUCCGAACAGCCAUGACUGCGCGGCAGACGUUGAACCAUCCUUGUCCCAAGUUUCUCACACAAUGCUUAUUUUGCCAUCUUAUACCUUCCCUGAAAAUGACCAAAUGUCGUUAAACCAGGAAGUUGCCUAUAUAUCGCCUCUGUUAGCAUUUAACCUUGACUUGCACACAUUGUGCUUGAAAUCACUCGUUCAUAGAGGGGAAGAGACUCUGGCAUCUUAUUUUGGAGUUAGAGUGGAGGAUGCGGUGAGUGGGAAAGGCAUUGAGGCUUCCAUAGUUGGAUUACUGUUGGAACCUCAGCCUCAGUUGCCGAGAUAUGCUUCACACUUGAGAGCUUCUUUUGUGAAGAUACCGGAAUGUGGUACACUUGACUCUCUUAAAGGAAAUUCUUCCGUUGAUUAUGAAGAUCGUCAAGAAAUGAUAGAUUUGGCAUUACAGAACUACUUUGGAGUUGAUAGGUAUCUAGCAAGAGGUGAUAUUUUCAGCAUUUGUAUAAAUUGGAAUUGCAAGUCAAUGAUGUGCAUUCCGUGCAACCAAAGAUCGCAAGAUGGAAGCGAUAACAUCUAUUUCAAGGUUGUGGCUAUGGAACCUUCAGACGAACCCAUUCUUCGAGUUAAUUGCUCUCAAACGGCCCUCGUGCUUGGAGGAAGUGUCUCUUCUUCUGUUCCUCCAGAUUUGUUGAUUGCUGGACAACAAGGUUUUGCACCUUUGCAAGGGGACACAGUGAAAAUAUUGGCUUCCAUACUUAUGCCACCUCUCUGCUCCUCAGCACUAUCUUCAAAGUUCAGAGUUUCAGUUCUAUUGUAUGGAUUGGCAGGAUGUGGGAAGAGAACUGUUGUUAGAUAUAUUGCUCGUCGAUUGGGCCUGCAUGUAGUUGAAUAUAGUUGUCAUAAUCUAGUGGCAUCAUCUGAAAAAAAGAUGUCCAUUGCACUAGCUCAAACCUUGAAUACAGCUCAAAGAUACUCGCCUACAAUACUUCUUCUCCGUCAUUUUGACGUUUUCCGGAAUUUGGCCUCUCACGAAGGUUCACCCAAUGAUCAAGUUGGCAUCACUUAUGAAGUUGCAUCACUUAUCAGGGAAUUUACUGAGCCAAUUUCUGAUGAUGGAGACACUGAUUCUGAAGGAAAAUGGAAUGGUGAUAUGGAUGCUGGGAAGAUAGGCAGGCAUCGGGUGCUGUUAGUUGCAGCUGCCGACAGUUCUGAAGGUCUACCACCAACUAUUAGACGUUGCUUUAGCCAUGAAAUGACCCCCACUAGUUCAAUUGACGAUUCAUCACCUUCUAUUACAUGGGAAAAGCUUGUCAUGGGUGCACCAAACAUUGAGAUUACUCAAACUGGUUCAGAGGAUUUUAUAAAGGAUAUAGUUGGGCAGACAUCUGGUUUCAUGCCUAGAGAUAUUUGUGCUUUGAUUGCUGAUGCUGGUGCAAAUUUGAUUUCCAGAGGCAAUGUUCCAAUUGACACCGUUAAGUCAGAGGAAUCAGAUGGAUCUCUCAGAGCUGAUAUGGAACCGGACAGUAAGUCCUCCGAAGUUGCACCUCAGAUUCUGGGGAAAGAAAACUUGACUAAGGCAUUGGAGCGCUCAAAGAAAAGGAAUGCAUCAGCCCUGGGUACUCCAAAGGUCCCUAAUGUGAAAUGGGAAGAUGUUGGCGGUCUUGAGGAUGUGAAGAAAUCAAUUCUGGAUACUGUUCAGUUACCUCUUCUGCACAAGGACUUGUUUUCAUCUGGUUUACGGAAGCGUUCCGGUGUUCUGUUAUACGGGCCACCCGGAACUGGGAAAACUUUAUUGGCAAAAGCUGUUGCAACUGAGUGUUCCCUGAACUUUCUCAGCGUAAAAGGACCUGAACUAAUCAAUAUGUACAUAGGAGAAUCAGAAAAAAAUGUUAGAGACAUUUUCCAGAAGGCCAGAUCAGCACGCCCAUGUGUUAUAUUUUUUGAUGAACUUGAUUCUCUUGCUCCAGCUCGGGGUGCCUCUGGGGAUUCUGGGGGUGUUAUGGACAGAGUGGUUUCUCAGAUGCUGGCAGAAAUUGACGGCCUAAACGAUUCUACACAGGACUUGUUUAUAAUUGGAGCAAGUAACAGACCAGAUUUAAUUGACCCAGCUCUUCUACGGCCUGGACGAUUUGAUAAGCUGCUGUAUGUUGGAGUUAACUCUGAUGCAUCUUACAGAGAGCGGGUCCUCAAAGCACUUACCCGAAAGUUUAAACUACAUGAAGAUGUACCACUUUACUCAAUAGCAAAGAGAUGUCCCCCGAACUUCACUGGUGCAGACAUGUAUGCCUUGUGUGCAGACGCUUGGUUUAAUGCAGCAAAGCGCAAGGCUUUGAGUUCAGGUUCAGAUGCUUCUUGCAUGGAUGACCAAUCCGACUCUGUUAUUGUUGAGUAUGAUGAUUUUGUCAAGGUGUUAGGGGAGCUUUCUCCCUCCCUCUCCAUGGCCGAGCUUAGGAAGUACGAGUUGCUGCGAGAUCAGUUUGAAGGAGCUCCCAAGUAA